UGUUUAGUGGAAAGGUUCCAACUCGAACAUCCAUGUGGAAUCCAACGAUUAAACAUGGUCGUAAAGUUUGGUGCUUUAAACAACAGCAUCCUGUAGCCUAGUAGAAGACCAAGAUUGCUAAGAACUAGCCCCUACCCUUUCUAGAAACGGAUCUAGGCGUGGUGACAUCACCGGUCUUGGUUGGAACUGAUUGGAACAGACAAAGGCACUCAGCAUCCACAGCGGAGGCAGGCAGUGAUCGUACUUGAUCGGCUAUGGGGAGCAGCUUCCGUCAGGAUGCAUGUUUCGCCAUUUAAUAGCUUGGACAAUACAGCCAUGAGGGGACACCGGUAGAGAAUUUAGAUGAAGCCGGGUAGGGUGAGCGGAAAAUCACGGGAGGAGGUCCAGAGAGAUAAUGUUCUGGGGAACCUGCUUCGCCUCUUCCCGGUCUUACGUUGUGGAACUCGGGCGGAAUCAGAGCCUGCCCCUCGGACUCGGCGGCUCCGAUGAGCGCCACUCAUUUUAUGGAUACAUCAUUGCCUUUCCCUUACAGGACUACGGCGGGAUCAUGUCCGCUUUGGGCUCGGAGUCCUGGUGGAAGAAAACACUGUAUGUCACGGGUGGUGCUCUCCUUGCUGCCGCUGCCUACCUUCUACACGAGCUGCUGUCCAUCAGGAAAGAGGUGGAGAUGGACUCGAAGGAUGCCAUCAUCUUGCACCAGUUCUCCCGUCCAAAGAGCGGAGUACCCAGCCUUUCUCCCUUCUGCCUCAAGAUAGAGACUUUCCUACGCAUGAUGGACCUUCCCUACCAGAACUACUUUGAUGGGAAGCUCUCCCCUCAAGGUAAGAUGCCCUGGAUUGAGUACAACCGGCAGCAGGUGUCUGGAACGGAGUUCAUUAUCGACUUCCUGGAGGACAACCUGGGGGCGAACCUCAACAAGAGCCUGAGCGAGCAGGAGAAGGCGGUGGCUCGUGCCAUUACCAAGAUGGUGGAGGAGCAUCUCUACUGGACUAUUGCAUACUGCCAGUGGGUGGACAACCUGGAGGAGACUCAGAAGAUGCUGGCGAUCACGGGUCCCCUGAGCGACCUGCAGAAGUGGAUCAUCAGCCAUGUGACUGGCAGCAUCGUCAAGAAGGAGAUGUACGGCCAUGGCAUCGGACGCUUCUCCAAGGAGGAGGUCUACACACUCAUGGAGAAAGACAUGAGGACGCUGGCCACACUACUCGGUGAUAAGAAGUACAUCAUGGGGCCAAAGCUGACCACCGUGGACGCCACCGUGUUUGGGCACCUGGCCCAGGCCAUGUGGAGUCUGCCUGGCACACGCCCAGAGCAGCUCAUCAAAGGAGAGCUGAUCAACCUGGCCAUGUACUGUGAGCGUAUGCGGCGCCGGUUCUGGCCCGAGUGGUUUGUUGACCCGGAGGACUGGUGCUACACAGGAGAGGACAGCGAGAGUGGCCGGUCCUCCCCAGCCUGCCUGCUGGACUUUGGGCUUUUCUCAAGGACAGACACGCUGGAGGAGAGCGACGCAAGCAGCAGUCGCUCCGACCCUCACUCGCACUCGCACACACACUUACUCGCAAACUUAGACACACAGACACACUCACCGGCCAGCGACCGCUCAGGACGCUCGCUCUUCGACUCUGACAUGGACACGGACGGUGGGUCGGAUGUGGAGCAGAAACAGGAAGUGUCAUGCCCUGACCUUUGAAUCUUGGGUCAGGGUGGAGGACACAGUUCUUUGCCUCUCACUUGGAUUGAUUGAGAAAUCUCCAAGCUGCUUUCUUAGGAUGAAAGACAGGAGAUGUAUUCACAUCACAUACUCACUUAAAUCCAAACCAGGAAUGUUCCAGAAAGCCUUUCAGCCAUUCUGAAACAACGGACACAAAUACGAGCUUAUGAUGUGAAGGCUCAAAAUUGUUUGACCUUGGGCUUAAUUUGGAGGUCAGUAACAUGGUGGUAAUAUGGCAGUACUAACAGUUUGUUUCUAAACAUGCCCUGCUUGCAUCCUUGGUUAAAAGGUGAAAGUGGACCACUAGCUAGCUAACUUACACACAUUCAUCCAUAUGCAGCCAGUUCUGUAAACUUUGAAAUAAACACACGUGAAUGUAAACAUGGUCCACUUUUCCUUGAAGAAUAUUCUAAUGGACAUGGACUGUGCUUGCACGUUAACACCACGUUAUUGCCCUACCACCAGAGCCCUUGGUAUCUCUCAGGCUGUGAAAGGACCAGCGGGCUGUCGCUCUACUCUAGGUUUUGUUUGACCACUGCUUGCUUUGGUUUAUUGAUCAUGCUGCACACUUACACACAAGAUCCUCCUCUUAGCUUUUAGACAUUAGGGGCGCACUGAUGGUAGCUGUGUUCCACUGUUCUGGUUGGCUUCAGACUACUCUUCUGUGACCCCAUGGUAAAAUCACAAGUGUAAAAGUGUUAAUUCCAAAACAUCUUUAGGAGUAUGUUAAAUUGCCCCCCUUUUGGUCUGAAAAGAGUGUUAACUGAGCACUGUUGAUUUUACUGUGACCAGGGGAGUAGCCUUAAGUCGUCUGACACCUCUCCACUGAUAGGUGCCCUGUGUAGGGUGUGCCCUGUGAAUUGGAGGCCUGCUUCUCCUACACCUUCAGCUGUCCAGUGAGUGGGGU